AUGGCAAAUUCCAACCCUUCAACAUCCACUGCAAAUAGAGCUAAAAGAAUGACAAAAAUGCAGGCUUUAGAUCUUAUGCAGCGGUUGUUAGAUGAAGAAGAUAAUUCUAGUAGUGAUGAUAACUUAGAUUCAGAAUUAUCUGACAAUGAUGUAGAUGAUGACGAUCGAGAAUAUCAGCCAUCUGCUGCAAAACACGCCAGACUAAAUGGUAAGGGUAAGGGAAAGCAGAACAAUAACAAAGCCUACAGAACUGCCCAUACCGCUGCUGUCGUUGAUGAAUCUGAGCCAGAUAGUGACAACAAUAGUGUUGACUUUAUAAAUAAUGAUAAUGCAUGUGCAGUAUCUGUUGCAGACGUUAUGGCUUGCGAUGAAGCUGAAGAAAAUGUUUCGAUCGGAUCGUCCCUGUUUCGAUCAGCUGGGUCUGGAAUUCGGGCAUCACUGGAUGAAAAUUCAACACCGCUGGAUUGCUUAUUGACACUGCUGACAACUGAUAUCAUUGACAGCCUUGUUGAGAACAUAAAUCUUUAUUCAGUGGAAAAAAUACAGAAAAAUAUACCACUGAGAAAAAGAUCUACAUUGUCUGAGUGGCAGCCAAUGACUAGAGAAAUUUGUUUUCAGUUUCUCAGUGUAGUGAUAGCAAUGGGAAUUACACCGAAACAUGACAUCAAAGAUUACUGGUCUACAGCGAACCACAAAUUCACACCAUGGUUCAAGGUAAUGUUUCCAAGAACUAAGUUCUUGCUUGUUUACCAGUCAAUGCUGCAUGCAUCGGAACCCAAAGCACAAGGCCAAGCAAAGAUUGAGCCAUCUGUGAAUAAUCUAGUAGCAAAGUUUCAGUCAGCAUUUUGCCCAUAUGGAAAGCUUUUUGUUGAUGAGAUGGUGAUUGGUUUCAAAGGCAGGUUUCAUGCUAAACAGUACAAUGCAGCCAAGCCUCACAAGUAUCAUAAAAAGACAUUUGGUCUUUGUGAUUCAGUCACAGGCUAUGUUUAUAAUCUGCUAAUUUACUUUGGAGCAAAAACUGCCUACAAUCCUGAGCUUGAUCCAACAUCAACUCACGCUGUAAAGGUAUUUUCAACCCUGCUGCAGGGUGUUGAAAGUUACCAUCAUCUAUUUGCAAAUAGAUUUUAUACAUCACUCCCUCUCAUUAAAUUUUUUUUAUCCAUGAAAUUGAAUUAUACUGGCAUGGUGAAUAAAAACCGCAAAGGAUUACCGCAGCAGCUAAAACAACAACCAGCCAUCUUUGGAACUCCGAGAUGGUUAGUUAAUAAUGAGCAGAAUAUCCUUUGCGUUUCCUGGAGGGAUAAAAAAUCAAAAAAAAAACCUUGUAUCCUACUGACCACAAAUGAAAGUUCUACAUUUGAGGAACGCCAGGAAGGGAGUCGAAAGGUUCAGAAACCUAGCCCCAUUUACUCAUACAAUAUGAGUAUGAAUGGCUGUGAUCGUUUGGAUCAAAUGGUCUCGUACUAUAGUAACCACAAUUGCAAAACUAAGAAGUGGUGGAAAAAGGUUUUCACAUGGAUCGUGGAAGUGACGCAGGUCAAUGCUCACAUCUUGUACAUGUUAUCCCAUCGUGCUGCCCCCAAGCGAAUGAGUCUCGCACAUUUCAAAGACAAGCUCAUCCAGCAACUAACAGCGCUCUCAGGUCAUGAAGUUCCAACAGACAUGCUCAUUGCUGUGGCUCGCAGACCAGGCAAAAGGCCAACCUUGUCUGACAGUUUUGUUGGGGCAGACCAUUUAGUUGACUAUGCUGGUGCAGACAGGCAAUGUGUACAGUGCAGCAAGAAAAAGAUUUGA